UUUCAAUGUCAGUCAAGCUUCGCAAGGACAACUACAGUCGUUGAUAUUGACGUUUAAUUCGCGUAAGCCCGUGAAGCUUAGUCGGUUUGCAAGCGCCGGGAUAGUUGCUUGUAAUAAAAAGCAAUCUACGCCAGAGCACGACGGGCAUCAAUCCUCAGGGAUAAAAUAUCCGCUGUACUAUUCGAAGAGGCAAUUUUAUUCCCACCAUCUCCACGACCUAAUCGUCGACUCGCCCAACUCGAUCCAUCCACCCACGCGAAUAAGAAAGAGCAAGAAAAAUAAGAUGUCGUACUUUCGCAUAACACUUCACCGCUCUGCCAUCGGUCUACCAGAACGCACGCGCGGCGUGCUAGCCGCGCUCGGUCUGCGCAAGCGCUCGCAAACCGUAUUCCACCCGGUAUCCUCGCAGUCGGCGGGUAUGAUCCUUAAGGUCAAAGAGCUGGUCAAAGUGUCCGAGGUCGACCGCGCGCUUACACCUAAGGAGCUGCGCGAAGAACGAAAGCCGGAACCUGGUUUCUGGAUCGAGAAGGCUGUGCCGCGGUGAGGGUUUUUGGGGUUGGUGCGAGGAGCGGCGAGGCAUGCUUAAGACGGCAAUAGGGAAGAAUAGGGUGGCGGAGAGGAAGUUGAUAUACUGGAAAGUGUGAGGAUAUGGGUGCCUUUCUAGUAGUAACUUCAGCCAGAAUCGUUGCCGGUAAGAGGCAAUGUUUCGAGGCCGAUUGCUAGAGGAUUCGUGGGCUUGCAUUACCUACGAACUCAAAGCUAUUACCGUUGGUUAUCCGUGGUCGAGUCGGAAGGCCUACCGGCAUUCAGCUUAAUACGGGAGGUCGCUUAGGAUUUAUGCUAUGUACAUAUAAUGUACAAUCAAUACAGUAAAACAUUCACAUUCUA